AUGAAGCUCUCUGUGGCUGCUAUCUUCCUCCUCCUCCACAUCCUCAUCACAACUCCUGCUGUUUAUGACCAGCUAAGAAUGCCUGAGUGGGUGAACACUCCACCCAACUGCUGCAUUAAGUAUUGAGAGAAAGUACUGCCAAAGAAACUGGUGGCGGGUUACAGAAAGACCCUCAACUGUCACCUGCCCGCAAUCAGCUUGGUCACCAAAAAGAACCAAGAAGUCUGCACCAACCCCAACAGCAACUGGGUCCAAGAAUGUAUCAAGUAUGCCAACAUUCCUUUGAUGCCCUCUGAAAACUUGGCCUGGUUUGAAGUAAACAACACAAAGAAAAGCUAG